AUGGUACUCUUGGGAUUCCACAAUCUGAUCCACAGCAGAUUUAAUCUCACCAACAACUGCAUGAUGCUGGUCAAAAUGUUCAAGAAAAUGUGUAGAUUGUGUCUGUCAACAGAAAAUAUAAUGUUUCCAUUAGAUGAGUCCUUCGUUUUCAACUAUAACUUAUUGACAAAUCUUAAAAUUACCUUGUCAGAUGGAAAACCACAAUUUUCAUGUAUACCAUGCCUUGAUAAUGUAAAAUGUUUCAUAGUAUUUAGGGAAAAGUGUAUUAAGACAGAAACUAUAUUAGAGGAAAUGGUUAAUGAAGUCAAAAAAGAAGAUGAAAAGGGUAAACAAGAAAUUCUUACUAAAGAGAAACUGGAAAUUGAAAUUGAAGGAAGACUAGAAAUGGAUGACAAACCUCCAGUAUAUGAAGAUGAAGAUGUCGAUGAAAAUAUGGUAUAUGUUAUAAAAGAAGAAAUAAAAGAAGAAAGUGACUACAAACUGGACGAUUAUGAUGUUAUAUAUUCUGACUCUGAUACCUAUGUGGACAUAAACAAUGUUCUUAACAAAAAAGAAAAAGUUAUAAAAAAACAUUUAAAUAAAAAAGAUAAAAGAAAUAACAAACGAGUGUCAACUUUAAAUAAAGUGAAUACAAAAAAGAAAAAACGAGUAACUGAAGUAGAGCCUGACCAGUGGUACUGUGGUAUUUGCCCAAAAGUAUUUGACAGUAAAACUGAAAUGUAUCAGCAUAUAGAUAGUCAUAAAACUGAAAGACAGUGUGGUCUUUGCAAAGUGCUUGUGAACAGCCUGUCUCAGCUCUAUGCCCAUAGACUAAAGCAUGUUCCGUCCGUGCAGUAUAAAUGCCACAUUUGCAAUAAAACAUACAAAUCCGAUGUGUAUUUGGAAUUCCACUACAGAAAUGUUCACAUUGAGGAAGAUGAUAAACGACUUUCCUGUGGCAUAUGUCAUUUAUUUUUUGGAUCACCAAAAAGACUUUGUUAUCACAUGACUGGGGUUCAUCCUAAAAUUGAGUCUAAUUAUAUAUGCGACGUAUGUUCUAAGGGCUUUCAAAAUAAGACAGCAUUAAAAUCACAUAUAAGGUCCCAUGGGUUGACUAAAUGGUAUACCUGCAAUUUGUGCGAUUUCUCCUGUAAACAGAGCAGUGGGAUAGUUGAUCACAAGAAAAGGAAACAUAAUCCUCAAAAGGUUAUCUGUAAGAAUUGCAAGAAAAUCUUCCAUAAUCAGAAGGAAUACGACGAACAUAAAUGUAAACACAUUAUGGGGAGUUUGUGUCCCAUAUGUGGUAUACAGAUAAAAUGUAGAUUGAACCGGCAUCUAUUGAGUCACUCGGAUGAAUUCAAGUACAAAUGUCAUAGGUGUCCGGCUAAAUACAAGUCUCGAACCGCUCUCGUGGCGCAUUUGGACAGGCACGACGGUAACCGCACCAAGCAAUGCGAAUACUGCCCCGCUAAGUUCUACUGCGCCGCCGUGUUACAGAAACACAGACGAAUUCAUACAGGUGAAAAGCCGUAUGUGUGUGAAGAAUGUAAUAAAGCUUUUACAGGAAAACACAACCUCAAAGUGCACAUGAAGGUACACGGAAAAAACUUAGUCGUUAAAAGAAUUAACACUGAAAAUGAUGUUACCAUAUAA